AUGGCCUCCAGCAACCCCGAUCUCACCAAAACCCCUAAACGCCGCUCCAGCACAUCGCGAAAGGUCCGGCUCGUGGCGAAAAUCGGCGGCGCCUCAGAUCCGGAUGCCGAGGUUUCCGGUGAGGUGUCGUGGAUCUCGGUGAACAAGCCCGGCGGAGAGGUUUCGGAGAGCGUCACUCUCUCCUUCAGGGACCAAUCAGCAAGCCGUAAAGAGGCAUAUGAAUUGGACUAUUGCUAUGACCAAAAUGAGGAUAAUGGCCAGAUUUUUUCGCGAGAAGUAAAGCCUUUGAUUCCGGGAAUUCUCGAGGGUUGUAAUGCCACUGUCAUUGCUUUGGGAGCUAGAGGUAGUGGAAAGACUAGCUUAAUUCAGGGGUCGAGUGAGAAACCAGGUUUGGCGACACUGGCAAUCGAUGAAAUUAUCUCAAUGGCUGAGAAAAACGGAUGUUCGAUUACUAUAUCCUCGUAUGAGGUGUAUCAGGACCACAUUUAUGAUAUAUUGGCUCCUUCACGCCCAGAAGUUUUGGUACUGGGAGACACUCAAGGAAACAUUCGGCUUAAAGGUCUUUCUCAGGUGCCUGUGAAGUCCAUUUCAGAAUUCAGCAAAUUGUAUGGUAGUGGGUAUGCUUCUCGUAAACCAGCACCAAAAGGACCAGUUGAACUUUCUCGUAGGUGUCACAAGGGAUUGAUAGUCUAUGUAUCAUCUCAAAGAGAAAAUUCAGAUUCCCUUCAAUUCAGCAAGUUAAACAUCAUUGACUUAGCAGGUUAUGAAGAUACAAGAAGGAAGAGCACUGAUUGCAUUAAUCAUGUUGAGAGCAGUAAAAUCAAUAAGUCAAUCUAUGCCAUGAUCAAUGUUGUUAAUGCUGUGAGUUCCAGUGGAAACCAUGUGCCUUAUCGGGAAAACAAACUCACACACUUAUUGCAAGACUCCCUGGGAGGGAUGAGUAGAGUUCUGAUGAUCACUUGUUUGAAACCGUCAUUUUGCCAAGAUUCUAUUUACAUGGUAAGCUUGGUGGCCCACUCUUCUCAAAACACCAAUCAGGCUGUCACAGGCUCCACAAAGAAAAGUAAAGGUCUCACAAGAUCAGAAGUGCAUUCAUCCCGCUCUUCUCAAAAUACCAAUCAGGCUGUCACAGGCUCCACAAAGAAAAGUAAAGGUCUCACAAGAUCAGAAGUGCAUUCAUCACAUAAGGGCCAUGUAUCCAUGACCGCUUCGGCUAUAGCAAAGAAACAAACCAUCUCCCGAAAGCCUCUUUCUGAGAAGAAAGUCAAUGGGACUCUUUCUUCCAAGAAAGCAAAUGGCAGUGUGAGUUUUGCAUUGAAAGGAAGGAAACUCCUUGAUGAAAAAAGUCGUUUGACCAAAUCGAUGAAGGCAACUGCUAUGUCAGAUAUCGUCUCAACCAUUGAAACAUCUGUACCUGAGAAGGAAGAUGAAGGACCCGAGCAGCUUAAAUCUGAGAAUCCAUCAUCAGAUGCUUUAGAUCCCAUUGAACCUACCUCUAUCGUGCAAAAGGACGAGUUACUAUCAGAUGAUCCAAAGCAUUCAGAACAUUCUUUAAAUGAAGAAAAGGAGUAUCUACUAGUGGAUGAUCCAAAGCAUGAGGAAGAUGACUCAAUUGCAGAAAAGGAUGUUUCUAUGAACUGUGAUGGCCCUACUGAGGAAGGUAAUCCUAGUGAUGAUAACAGUAGCGGAGAUGCGUUGGCUUUAGUUGAAGAAGUUCAGGACAUGGAGAAGGAAAACAAUAACUUCCCAGACAAUGAAGAUGCAUCGCCUCCAAUCAGUGCAAGAUUACAGGAAUUGGCAUUAAAAAUGAAAUCACUUUGUUCUACAACUCCAUUGUGCAUGAAGAUGCCAGAGGAGAAAGAUACUUCAUCCAAUAACUUCCUCUGUACUGACAUCAUGGAAUCAAAUGCCCCGGUGGCCAGUCAGGAUAUAAGACCCAAUGAUAGUUGGGAGCUUGCAAAUGUCAACAAUAUCAUGGAACCAAAGACCCCAGUUGCCGGUCAGGAUAUAAAACACAAUGAUAGAUGGGAGGUUGCAAAUGUCAACAGCCCUUGGGAAGCAUUGAGUGUCCGCAGUGCUGGUGUCAAGCAAUCUCUUGUUCAAGAAUAUCUUAGCUUCUUAAACACCGCUAGCAAGGAAGAUUUGAAGAGAUUAAAGGGAAUUGGAGAGAAAAGAGCAACAUACAUAUUGAAUUGCCGUGAAGAAACUCCUGAACCCUUCAAGAGUCUUGAUGAUUUACAAGACAUUGGACUUUCAGUGAAGCAGAUUAAGAACUUGAUGAAGAAGGCAGGAGGAGGGCUUUUCGAUUAGUGAUCUCUGGAGAAUCUCUCUUCUCUGAUUGCAUUUUCUUUAAGUGUGUAGAGUUAUGU